GUAGUUCAGGGAGAUGAGCGAGAGAACUGACAGACAUAGUCCUCUCUGUUACUGCAGACAACAGGAGCGUUUGACCAGCAGCAGCGACAAUGCCUGACAUGACAGAACGGAUUUAGCCACUGUAGCAAUUACGGCAACAAUUUAUAUAUUAGAGAAUAUCAGACGAUAUUGUAAUAUUGUUGAAGGUCUCUAGAGCUGGUGUGUUUCUACUGCAACAUCUGCCAUGGCAUCCCCCACUGGUACCCUAGAGAAUAAUCUGCACAGCGCCCAGAAGAACCUGCUCUUCCUCCAGCAGGACCAUGCCAAGACACUGAAAGGUCUACAUGCAGAGAUCCGCAGACUACAACAGCACUGUACAGACUUGACAUAUGAGCUGACAGUGAGAAGUUCAGAUCCAACAGACAGCAGUGAGGCACGCUGCAGGGAGCUACACAGUAAGUGUGAGGAGCUUGAGGCUCAGCUGAAAGUGAAGGAGGAGGAGAACACUGAGCUGCUGAGGGACCUGGAGCAGAAGAAUGCCAUGAUCUCUGUCCUGGAGAACACCAUCAAGGAAAGGGAGAAGAAGUACCUGGAGGAGCUGAAGAUGAAGAGCCACAAGCUGGCUGUCCUGUCUGGAGAGCUGGAGCAGAGAGCCAGCACCAUUGCCUACCUCACCUCUCAGCUCCACGCCACCAAGAAAAAGCUCCUGGCAGGCAGCUCCUCUGAGGCCAGCCCCAACGUCAGCCCUGUGAGCUCCUACAAGCCCACCCCUCCCAAAGCCAAGGACCGUCAGUCUGGCCCUGAGACCCCUCUACGCCGCAUGAAGAAGAGCCUGUCUCAGCCGCUGCACUCUGAGUUAACCGAGCUGUACCGGCUGGGUUCUGACGGGAGGAGGAUGGUCCUACGGGAGGCGGUGGACGCCAUGCCCGACCCCACCCCAUUUCUGCAGGCAGCUCGAGACACGCCUGAUCUACAGAUGGUACGAGACCGGCCUGCCGUCAUCCCCCCCAUCGCCUGUGAUCGCUCGUCCAGCCCACGCCACAGCCUGGCACGGGACCGUCAGCACCGGGCACACGUGGGCGUGGCACACCGCAUCCACCACAGCACCCCUCCACUAGCGCCGUCUCAGCCAGAGGUGGAGAUGCUGGCUGUGGACCAGGUCAAUGGGGACAAGGUGGUGAGGAAGCGAUCCGGGGCGGACAGAACAGUUUAACACAUGACAAGAGCGAGAAGGAGCAUCACCUACUCUAUAAUCAGCUGCUUUUUAUGCAAUUCGGCAACGAGCAAAAGAAAGUCAAAUGGGAUACUUCACUUCAAAAAAGCGUUUUUAAUAUGUAGACACGGACUACUGUAAGCAUGCCAAAUGUUUUGUUUUGAAACCCAUGUGACUUAAACAUCCUGUCCUUUUUGCAUGGUCUUUCAUCUCACUCCAUCUUACAUCCUGCACAUAAACUUCUCCGCCAAACAUCUGCAUUAUUGCCUGCUUACCUGGUGAAUCCAAUACACAUCGUCAUAGUUAAUACUACAGUUAAGUUAUCCAUACUUCAUCUGGUCAGCAAUACUGUCCAGACAGAUAAACAAGCUAUAUGACGUCUGCAGCUACGUCAUACAUGUUAUAGAAGUUGACUUAUUAAACUAAUACUCCCUGAAUGUUUUUCAUCUUGUGAUGUUAAUACAUUAACAGAAACAAAUCACAGAAAUGAAUUGGUAAUUGUCUAGUUAUCACACAAAUGAAUUGGUUACAUGUCAUGGGCAUUUCUAAGACAUAAUCUACACAGAACUGUCGGACCUAUGUGUCCGUGAUAUCUGUAAAUAUGUGAUGGAUAUUUUAAUUUAUUGUUUGUUUUACUUUUAAUAUAGAAAAAAUACAUCUCAAGUAUCGGAAAAGUGGCAUAAUCACUUAUUGUCAUGCUUCUCUCAUCACACUUACUCGUCCUUGAAUACUAUGUAUAUGACAAUAUAAUAAAGCAGUCUUUUUUUGUUA